AUGGAGGGACUUUCACAAGAAGAUCGCAACAUUAUCAAGAAUCACCCUCUCACCAACUCAGUCAAUCAUCUACAAGGCGCGCUUCAGGAAGCUGAAAAAAUAUAUGAAUCACAUCGAACGCCGUACGAUGGCCAACUCUAUCAAAAUGUGAUCUCAAAACUUGUCUAUACUUUACAGGGAGAGGGUGCAGCCUACAGCCUUCCGUCGCGAAUCAAUGAAGGGGACGUGGCGUCCGAUCUAGCACAAUUAUUCGAGCGCCUCCGAAAGGCAAAAGGAAACUUCAGGUACGAUGACUACCAGCCGCUGGUGCACCUGGUUAUUCAAAGGCCUCCGACUGAAUCCCAGAACGUCGAAACCUGGAACUUCAACGUCUGGAACGCCGUCUUCUGUCUUAUUGACGCCGUCUCGCGAGGCACUCCCCCUCCUCCUCCUCAUCCUACAUCAUCGAUCCAACAGACGCCCUGGCUGCGCAACACUAGCAGUUUCGCCAAUUCUACAGAAUAUCGAAAACACGUUGACAUUGUGCUGAAGGAGGAACUUGGGGAGAUACACGUCAACAUCCCUAGAUUCUUUGAUGCGUACUUUGGAGACAUUCCACAGCUCACUGCAGUUUCACAAGCGGUGUUGGAGGAGUGCGAGAAGGGGAACAGCCCACUUUACUGUGAAGAUGAGGGCUGGAAGGGCUGGCCUGAACUUGCAGCAGAAGAAGAUGUUCUGAGAUGGCUGGCUAACAUCAUUGCUGAGCUCGUACGAUUAGCCGAAGCACAAGAGCCGUCCUGGAAGAUUGACCGCAGACCUCUCGCACAGCCAAGCCAGCCACUACAAGGGUCUGUCGCAGAGAGAAAGCUUGAUGUUGGCCUUGUCGAUGAUCUGACGGCCACAGUGGACUCGAAAUGUCACUGGUCACAAAUCCUGGUGCCAGGGGAGCUGAAGAAUGACCCGAAAUACGACAGGAAAUCCGGUGCAUGGUUUGAUCUUGGCAGGUAUGCCCGAGAGGUCCUCGCUGCGCAGGACACCCGUCGUUUUGUGCUCGGGUUCACCCUCUGCGGGCAGUUCCUACGACUGUGGAACUUUGACCGCCUGGGCGGAAUCGCGUCAGAGGAAUUCAACAUCAACCAGGACGGCCUUCAAUUUGUGUCUGUUAUCCUUGGAUUCCUCUUGAUGAGCCGGAAACAGCUUGGGUUUGAUCCUACCAUCAUCGCGACCGGGACUGAAAGGUAUAUUGAAAUUGAUAGGAACGGUACGAAGGAACGGCUGAUUAUCAAUGAGACUGUUGGACGAGCACGUUGUGUUGCCGGACGAGCCACAACCUGCUGGAAGGUAUACUGUGAGACAGACAAAUUACAGACACCAGUGGUUGUCAAGGACUCCUGGCAGUAUCCAGAACGCACUGAGGAAGGAGAGUUGCUGCGAGAGGUGAUGGUGAAGGGGGUCAAGAAUGUCGUGAGGUAUUAUCACCACGAGACUGUUCGCAUUGACAACAAGGAUGAUGAUGUCUUGACUAUCAGAAAGGGCCUCAGUAUUCCGAUUUUGAAAGAUGAGAAGGGUGGCUUUAACGCGAGAGUGCGGCGUAGUCAGUCUCUAAGAGGAAAAAAGAGCCAGGGCAGCACUGCCGGCCAGAAGCGAUCAUCUGACUGCAUGGACAAGGCAUUUCCUCCUCCCCCAAGUAAGCGUACUCAGUCAAGUUCUCCAUCCAAAUCUGCAGGCAGCUCAGCCCCAUUCAAUCGAGUUCACCGCCGCGUUGUUAUCCAGGAUUAUGGGAAACCAAUCUAUGAGAGUAGUUCAAAGGCUACACUUCUCACUGGGCUGGCCUGCUGUAUUGAAGGAUACAUGUCACUCCAUGAUGAGGCUGGCCUCAUCCAAUGCGAUGUUUCCCCCCGGAACCUGAUGGUGAAUGAGGACAAGGACAACCCAUCAUGGCCUGCCUUUCUGAUUGACCUUGACCUGGCAAUCAAGUUAGAACGGGAUGGGUCUUCUGGCGCACGGGGCAAAACAGGAACCAGAGCGUUCAUGGCCAUCGGUGUCUUGUAUGGUGAAAAGCAUUGUUUCAUGCAUGAUCUGGAAUCAUUCUUCUGGGUUCUUUUCUGGAUAUGCAUUCACUAUGAAGGCCCAGGGAAGGGGAUCACUGUCGAGCGGUUUGAGAAAUGGAAUUAUAUGAGUACUGAAGAGCUGGCGGCUGCGAAACAAGGAAUGAUAAGUGAGGAGAGGGAUUUUCUUCGAAUUGCAGAAGACUAUUUUACUCCGUAUUAUCAAUCAUUGAUCCCUUGCGUCAACCGAUUACGGCGCCUUGUCUUUCCAGACGGCGGACGGUGGAAGAAACCAAAUUUCAACCUAUCCCAGAACAUGAUUGGAACACUUCAGCAUGCACAGGAUAACUCAGAUGCUGUAAACUAG